UAGACAACUUUUUUUUGUAAUUUUUUUGUUCAACUUGUUUUUGAAGCCAUACAUAGCGGAAGUAGGUAACGAUUAGACAGUAAUCGAAACAAACGAGAAAAAACAAAGUUUUAACUAUAUUUCACUAUUUAUAAUGGCCGGAUACUCGGAAGACCAGUUGGCUGAGUUCCAGGAGGCGUUCCAGCUGUUCGACUCGCGCGGCGACGGCAAGAUCCACGUGGCGCAGAUCGGCGACGCGCUGCGCGCGCUCGGCCAGAACCCCACCGAGUCGGAUGUCAAGAAGUGCACUCUCCACCUGAAGCCCGACGAGCGCAUCUCCUUCGAGGUCUUCCUGCCCAUCUACCAGGCGAUCAGCAAGGCGCGCAGCGGCGACACGGCGCACGACUUCAUCGAGGGGCUGCGGCACUUCGACAAGGACGGCAACGGGUUCAUCUCCUCCGCCGAGCUGCGCCACCUGCUCUCCACGCUCGGCGAGAAGCUGGCGGACGACGAGGUGGAGCAGCUGCUACAGGGGCAGGAGGACUCGCAGGGCAACGUCAACUACGAGAACUUCGUGCACCUCGUCAUGCAGGGCUGAGCGCCUCCACCCUGCACCCUGCACCCUGCCCGAGCGGCGCGGCGGCUCACCCAUGCUCACUAACUAGCCGCCAUACUUGUUCGUUUACCAUUAGAAAAAAUAGCAUUUACAAUGCGGCAUCAUUUAUUGUAUUCCUAAAAGGUUCGGUGUUGCAGUUGAUGGGCGACGGUGAUCGCUUACCAUCACGAAUUCGUCUGCUCGUUUGCCUCUAGAAUCAUAAAGAAGCUAGCACGCGUUGAUACUUUCUCGCUUUUAAAAUACGUGCAUUUAAAUGUACAUUUGUAAAAAGUCGGCAACAAACGACGACCACACUGUCUUGAUAGCAUUUAAAGAAACAUUUGAUGCGUUGAAUCUGAAUCCGCUCCCUCCGCCUCGCCGCGCCGCCGCGCGGAGCCGUAGACUUCGAGUUAACUUGUAAUUCCCGUGCGUUUAUUCCAAAACAAUAUUAUUAUCAUUAUUGUAGUUACGUUAAGAGAUUUUAUACGGUUAUUGUAUGUACAAAUGUGAUUUUAACAAAGUGUACCUAUUAUAAGUACUUACUAACUUA